GGUGCUGAGCCUUUCGCAGGGUGGAGCGCUAAUUGCCUGGGGACUCGAACUAAAGGCGUCAGCUAACGCGCCGUGCUUGUGCAGGAGUCCCUGCUAGAGGGAACCGCGACAGGGAGCCGGGCGCAAAGCGUCCCGGAACCAACGGCGGGCGGCGGGGAGUCGGUCCGCCCGGGCUCGGGGAGGCGCUCCGGCGGCGUGCGGCUCCGCCCUCCACCCGCCUCCACAGUUAAUAGUCCGGAGCCAGCGUGUCGGCGUGUGUGGUUAUGCCGCUCUUUCUGGCUGAGAGGACACAGCGGCGUCCUGCCCUGGCCUGAGCGAUGCUAAGAAGCUGCGCUACGCGCCUGCGCGCUCUUGCUGUUCCGCCUGCGAGGAGGCCCAGAGCAGUGUGGAGGUUAUUUUCCUCUGAGAAAGUCAUUCCCAAGGACUAUGGUCUCCCAAACCCCAGCUGGAGCAAGGACCUAAGACUCCUCUUUGACCAGUUCAUGAAGAAGUGUGAAGAUGGCUCCUGGAAACGUUUGCCCUCAUACAGACAAAAUCCUACUCAAACCCUUAAAGACUUCCAAACCCGUUUUGUUGAUCCCAGGUUUAUGAAUGAAGAACAAGUGUCAAAGGCCCAACAGUUCAGUAGAAGCUUAGAGGAAGGCCUGGGGUUUGAGUAUGUGAUGUUCUAUAAUAAAGUGGAGAAGAAGAUGGUUUGUUUGUUUCAAGGAGGUCUUCACCUGCAAGGGGUACCUGGAUUUGUUCAUGGAGGUGCCAUUGCAACUAUCAUCGAUGUUACUACUGGCAUGUGUGCAAUUGCUGAGGGAAUUGCCAUGACUGCCAACCUCAACAUCGACUACAAAAAACCUAUUCCCCUUUGUUCUGUUGUGGUGGUAACCAGCCAACUUAGUAAGACUGAAGGAAGGAAACUUUUUAUUUCCUGUACUGUUCAGAGUGUUGAUGAGAAGACGUUAUACACACAGGCAACAGCUUUAUUUAUAAAACUGGAUCCUGACAAACGUUUGACAUAAAGAACUUCUGUUGAACUCCACACUGUGCUGCAUGAAGUCCCCCCCACCCAAGCAGCACCGGUCUCCACUCGUGUCCCAGCUGCUGAACCCCCAGUGGAAAGCCUGCUCUCACGGACCCUUCAGAACAGCCUCUAAAAUACAGGGCUGCAGGAACUCGCUGUCUGCCUUUCAGACUUGUCAUAAGAAGCACUCCCUGGAAGAGUCUCAGCACUCAUGUGUCCCUAGGACAAAUGUCCUGAAAUAUGAACAGACGUCAAAGCUGACAAGCCCAGUACCUGCUCCACUGCAGACUGGAGCAAAGGAUUGCAUUGAAACUCACUGCAAACAUGGAAAUGGAGUGGUGUGUGUGGAGUGUGUGUGUACACGAGCACAGACUGCGUGUUACAGAGAGGUUUGUUGUUUGUGAACAAACGUCUUUCCAGCCAUCUUAGGGAACACAGCUCAUUCCUAUGGGAAUGGAUCCACACCUCUGUUGUCUAGGGUCCUAGAGAUUAAACCGUUGUUCAUUUUUCCUCAA